GGCCCCAGGCAGACCAUGCGUAGCCUAGUGCAAGGGUGCGCAAACUUUUUUUGUGCUGAGCGGGGCCCUGAAGCUGCCUUUCCAAUAGGGGAUUUAUGAUGAAAACCGAAUGGGAUUUCGUUGCACUAAAUUAUUCCCCACUACUUUUCCUUUUCCAUUACAUUAACUGCUCACAUUGGACUCCUUUUGGAAAGGAAGUACUGUAUUCAAGGUCAGCCCUCGACAGGCUGGAUGGUCUCCAAAUGCGUGGACUCCUAGAAUUCUCAGGAGCGGCCAAGCUGGCUGCCGGUUCUAGCAACUGAAGUCUACACAUCUUGGAGAAGAGACCCAGUUGCCUCAGGGACGGUGGGAUCAGGGAAAGGCAUUCCUCAGUGCUGUCAUUGGACUACAGUGCCCAGAAGUCUUUGUAAUGGGGAGGUUGCCUUUAAAAACGGAAUAGCAUAGCAUAGCCCAUCUCCCUUGAUCUGGAUGUCUUCUGGAUGUGUUGGUAAAUAUGUUUGUAAAUACAGUAAAUAAAUGUUCAGCCAAGACCAUCCUGGAUUUGAAGUCCACAUCCCCGGAGGGGGCCCACAUUGCGCAAGGCUGAUUCAAACACUUCAUUGAAAAAAUUGCGAUCAGGCAGCCCCCUUGAAAAAGCUCUUCUUACUGUCGGAAGUUGGUGAAGCUUAACCGGGCCGAAGUAGCUCAGAUGUGAAGAGAAGUGUCCUAAAUUCAGUUGUUCUGAGUGCCAGGACCUCCUCACCAACUGGUACUACGAGAAGGAUGCCAAGCUGUACUGCCCCAAGGACUACUGGCGGAAGUUUGGAGAGUCUUGCCACGGCUGCUCGCUGCUGAUGACGGGGCCCGUCAUGGUGGCUGGGGAAUACAAGUACCACCCAGAAUGCUUUGCAUGUAUGAGAUGUAAAGUGAUCAUUGAAGAUGGUGACACGUAUGCUUUGGUGCAGCACUCGGCUCUUUACUGUGGCAAAUGUCAUAACCAGUUUGUGCUGACACCAAUGAUCGAAAGACUGUCAACAGAGUCUUUGUGUGAACAGCUGCCGUACACUCUGACGCUCAUCUCCAUGCCUGCAGCCACUGAUGGCAAAAGGGGGUUCACUGUGGCUGUGGAAGGGGGCUGCUCACCCUAUGCUGCUACUGUUGAAGUGAAAGAAGUCAACCGAACGCACAUAAGUCCUGAUGUCCAAAAUGCCAUUCACCCUGGAGACAAGAUCUUGGAGAUCAACGGAAACCCAGUUCGCACACUGCAAACUGAAGAGGUCAAGGAACUGAUUCACAAGACAAAUCAAAUUCUUCAGCUGUUAAUUGAGCAUGACCCGGUCUCUCAGCGCUUGGACCGGUUGCGUCUGGACUCUCGGCUGUCGGGGUGCAAUAAAAAGUCCUCAUCCUGUUCAAUUUCUGCCCUGGAGCUCAAGGAGAAUCUGGAAGGAACACUGCGACGUCGCUCCCUCAGGCGAAGCAACAGCAUUUCCAAGUCCCCUGGUCCCAGCUCCCCCAAGGAACCGCUCAUCCUGAGCCGCGAUAUCAGUCGUUCGGAAUCACUUCGCUCUUCCACUAGCUGUUCCCAGCAGAUCUUCCGCCCCUGUGACCUGAUCCAUGGGGAGGUCCUGGGCAAAGGUUUCUUUGGUCAAGCAAUCAAGGUGACUCAUAAAGCCACAGGAAAGGUGAUGGUGAUGAAGGAAUUGAUUCGCUGUGAUGAAGAAACACAGAAGACCUUCCUGACAGAGGUGAAGGUGAUGCGCAGCUUAGAGCAUCCCAAUGUCCUGAAGUUCAUUGGGGUGUUGUACAAGGACAAGAAAUUGAAUCUUCUCACAGAGUACAUUGAAGGGGGGACUCUGAAGGACUUCCUCCGAAACGUGGACCCAUUUCCCUGGGAACAGAAGGUCAGCUUUGCAAAAGGAAUUGCCUCUGGAAUGGCUUACCUGCACUCCAUGCGCAUCAUCCACCGAGAUCUGAACUCCCACAACUGCCUGAUCAAACUGGACAAUACGGUGGUGGUUGCUGACUUUGGCCUCUCCCGGCUGAUUGUGGAGGAAAGGAACAAGCCCUCCCUGGAAAAGCCACUGGCCAAGAAGCGCACGCUGCGCAAGAGUGACCGGAGAAAGCGCUACACGGUGGUUGGGAACCCCUACUGGAUGGCCCCAGAGAUGCUAAACGGGCAGAGCUACGACGAGACGGUCGAUAUCUUCUCCUUUGGGAUAGUGCUCUGUGAGAUCAUAGGACAAGUGUACGCGGACCCAGACUGCCUCCCUCGCACACUGGAUUUUGGCCUCAACGUGAAGCUGUUCUGGGAAAAGUUUGUUCCUGUGGACUGUCCCCCUGCCUUUUUCCCUCUGGCAGCCAUCUGCUGCAGGCUGGAGCCGGAGAGCAGGCCCCCGUUUUCCAAACUGGAGGAUUCUUUUGAAGCCCUUUCUUUGUACCUGGGGGAACUGGGCAUCCCUCUCCCUUCUGAACUGGAGGAACUGGACCACAGUGUGAGUGUGCAGUUUGGCCUGAUUCGGGACAAGCUGUCGGGCAAUCUCACAUAGUCCCCCCACGCCCACCACUCCGCCAUCGCUGCGCAUCUCUCCACGGAUUGUCCUGGUGGCAGCAGAAAGAACUCCAUUCCAGCCCUUUGGAGGGGACAGGAAGGUGCCUCCUGCCUCCAACACCUUCACCUCCCGUGGAUUGUGGCACUUCCUGAAAGCAUCGCCCCGUCCUCCAUGCUACUUGCUUCUUAAUACAGAUGCUCUAGCUUUGGAAACACAAUUCCCAAGAGUCUGGGUGUGGGCCUGCCUUCCAACUCAAUACACUACAGGUUGUGAAGCCGCCUGGUUGUGCUCACAUAGCAGAGACAGAGCCUCGAUGCAACCUUGGGGUUGCCUUUGACUGCGGCUCCCUGCUAGACCAAGCAAUCGGAGGGCAGCCUCAACUCCCUGCACAGACCUCUACAGAUGGGACUGUUGAAGUUUGCAGAGUUUGUCUCACAAGGACAGCUGUAAACAACGAUCUCUGGCCAAAGAAAUGUUCAUGCACUACACGGAUAGGACAUGGUAUUUCAUGUCUACCUUGUUGGACGAAGCAGCUGUGGCGCACAUGUCACAGGGCCAUAGGCUUGGGGUGGGGGCUGGCUUCCACUUAGGAGAUCAGCAGCUUCCCCAUUUGGGGGAGGGGUUGGUUCAUUGUGGGAUAGUUGAGAUGGAUCCCUGGAAGUAAGUGCUUAUACUCAAACUAUAUGUAGCUGACCAGGAGUAGAGUUAUCAACUUGGGCCACAGAUCUGAAAGACUGGCACAUUAUAGUCACUACCUCUGUCCUCCAUUUCAGGCCUCUCCCCUUUCAGAGAAAGAAACACUUGGCUUGGGGCCGUCGUGCCCCACAUUCUUCUGGACGUAGAGAGGAAGCUGCGCUGGUUGCAUCUCUCCCCUCUGCAAAAUAUAUUAAGUGCUACUUAAGGGUUGGCAACAUAUGGACCACCAGAUAUUGAGCAACUCCCAGCAGCUGUGGCCACAAGUCCAAGAGUGAAGAAUGCUGGGAGUUGUAGUUUAGUGGUAUCUGGAGGGUCUCCAAUCCCCCUCACACUACCAAAACGCAAAAUGUUGGACCCAUAUAUGGUAGGUUUAGGCAGUUGCUCCAGAUCCAAUGCAUUUAGACCAGAUUUUUUUGUUGUUCCUAAAAAGUGUGUGUGCACGUGUGUAUAAAUGGGCUAGUUCCAGGAAGGAGAAACCUGGAUCAUGUGUUCAAGAGAUUCCACACAUUCCUGUAAUUGCACAGCAAAUUUUUGUCUAAAUUAAAAGCAAUAAAGUUUGUUUUACAAAGCUGAAAAUCGAUGGCAGUUGUUGA